UUAGGUAGAUACGGAAGCUAGAUCUGAAAGUAGGUAGUUUGCCGUUACGGUAACCUUUGAACUUUACAAAAAUCUACACAGUGUACAGUCGUAUUGCGUUACUCAUAUUUUAACCCGAGUGAGUCGGCUUGAGGUCUAUUUGUUCCAACGGACGUUGUUAUUUUUUUAAUUCUAAAUUCUUAAGUCAUGAAAUUGUCGCUUGCUGUUGGGUAAGGAUUUUAAAAUUGAAGUUAACAAAACGAACUUGGUGCAGUUAAGGUGGAUGUACUCAAAUUGAAUUUCCUCUCGUUGGAAGAAAUGAAGUAGGACACAAAAUCAUUCCUCAUCUCGACUUAAUUUAUUUAAUUGCUCAUUUUACGGGCGGAACGAGGUGCUUUUUACUUAAUUCUUGGAUAUAAUGAAAACUAUGGAAUAUUCUUACUUUUGUGUCUUCAUAGUGACAAUUUUAACUGUUGUUAAAGCAACUUAUUACAAAACACAACUACAAGCUUUACGAAAUAGACCAGUUUAUUAUCCUUACAGAACGAUUUCAGCAAACAGCAACGGUAAUUCUUUCAGCAACAGUAACUAUUGCAGUAAAUCUAUUGUCACAUAUCAAUCCAAAUGGUGUUGGGACCAAUUACAGCGUCAAUGGAUACUCAAAAAACAACCUAUAACACAGACAGUUAAAGAAUGUUGUCCGGGAUAUGAGGGCAGAAACUGUGAAAAACUUUGUUUUACAUGUGAUCAAUAUCACAAAUUAACCAAUCAAGUAUCAGUGUUAGAACGAGAAAUACGAAAUCGAGGCAACACAACUACUAUAAUAACCGGGAGAGGGGAAAAGGGUGAGCGUGGAUUAACAGGACCCCCUGGACCACGUGGUCCACAAGGUGAACCAGGAUUGGUUGGAUUACCAGGCCAGAAAGGUGAUCCUGGGGUGGCAGGUCCACCGGGGUUUACUGGUGAAAGAGGAAGUGAUGGAUUACCGGGAGAUCCCGGGAGACCGGGAAGAAAAGGAGACCCCGGUCCCAUAGGUCCUAGCGGUCCCCCAGGACUGCCAGGUCUGGAUGGUACUAGGGGCCCUCCAGGGGUGCCAGGACAAAAGGGUGCUAAGGGGGACCCAGCUGGUGAUGGGAUUACUGUUGACCAAUAUACGUUCCUAGUUGAAAAAAUUGAUAAUUUAGAAAACAAGAAUGGAUUACCCGGUAGAGAUGGUCCACCGGGUCCACCUGGACCCCCAGGGCCUGAGGGGUCACAAGGCAGACCGGGAAUUCCUGGAGCGAAAGGAGUCCCAGGGGACAUAGGAUUACCAGGAGAGAGAGGCCCACAAGGAUCUGUUGGACUUCCUGGAGAACCCGGAAGAAAUGGAAGACCUGGCCCCAAAGGCGAGCGAGGGGAUUCAGGUUUGCAUGGAGCUCCAGGACCCAUGGGUCCUGCAGGAAAGGCAGGACUUACGGGUGAACCCGGCUCACCAGGCAGCCCAGGAUUACCCGGCCCCCCGGGCGAGAAAGGGGAGAUUUCACAAUUUCCUAUUUCAGUUGCUGAAUAUAAACUUUUGGUCAACCGUGUAGAGGAACUAGAGAAAACAGUAGCCAUAUGUUGUGCUCCGUCAACCACUCCUUUAAUCACUACAACACAGUUCCAGUGUGCAGCAGACCAGCAUUUAUGCGGAGGCACUAAUCCUAGAUGUAUACCCUCGCAAUUCGUUUGUGACGGAUUGGCAGACUGUGAUGAUCAGUCAGACGAAUCGUCAGAUCUCUGUGGUAAAACUCGACCAACUUGCCCAGAAGGAUUGUUUGCUUGUAACAGCGGUCAAUGUGUGAGAUCAGACGCCAAAUGCAACGGGACACCGGAAUGUGCAGAUCUUAGUGACGAGGCAGACUGCGAUGAUGACAUUGAAAUAAGUGGGGAUAACGUAAACAGAGGUGACAUACCUAAAUAAUAAUAAUCCACGAGGGUUUAUCACUUCACCUUGCCGCACUCCACGGUUGUUGUUUCUCAGUGAGAGUUCUGCACAUCACUGCCAACUAUGGAGAUAAACUGACACUUUUUGUUGAUAUUUUACUUUUUUAAAUUACCUUAAUUAAAUUAUACAAUGUAUGCGUAUUUAUUUCAAUGUGUUAAGACUAGUUUACAUGUAACAUAUUAUUGGAUUUUUAACAGGAUUAUUUUUUACUUUGUGUAAUUUAACGAUUUUUAAGAAAAUAUUAUAUUUAUAAAUUAAACACAAUAAAAUUGUAAUAGUUCUAGUAUAUUUUUACAUUAUUUUAUGUGUCAACCUAUCGAUCCCAGGGGCAUAUAAAAAAAUACUGAAGAAUAGUGACUAGCUUUAGCAUUGUAAAAGCACUAUACAUGUAUUAUGUGACCAUCAUGUUAAACUUUCAUAGUUUUUGAUCACCAUAGUUGUAGCUCCAUAGUUGGUAAUUUCACUUCACUGGAUGCAUGAAUUAAUUUUUUUUUUCAAAUUUGUGCAAAGUAUAACCAAAUCGAAUAUUUAUUCUGAUCGAAAUAAAAUGUAAGUCAUAUCAAGAUUGCAUGAAUGGACGGAUAUGUUUGUUCUUAAACUUUUAGAACUUUGUUGAUAGGUACUUUCCUCAGAUUUUUGUAUCUAACAGUUUAUUAUGAAAACAUUUUUCAUGUAUACAAGAAAUUAAAACGAACAAUAUGAACUAAUGUAAAGAUUAAAACUCUAUUUAGUUGCUUACAAAAUUUUAUACAAUAGAUAAUUUAUAGCUAAACAUCUUUCAGGUAAUUACUUUUAUGUAGGUGAGCACUUAGCCCUUUGCAAAAUCUUGCGCUUUGUUUCACGAAUCUAUUCACCAGAAGUCCGAAUUUAAGAACUGUACGAAGCUGUACAACUGUCUUUAAAUAUUAUUUGAUAAAAGAAAAAAAAAAGGAAAGCAAUGUUCAUUUACAUUGAAUUUUCAUUUGCAUCUUCUAUUUACAAUUUAAAUGCAAUAUUAUUUUCUAAAUAAUUUUUCAAGAAUCUGGUUUCAUUUCGCUCUAAUUUUCCUUUCUUAGAUAUUAUAAUCUGCCUCUACAUAUGUACCGUAGGUCAUUUCAAAAUAGUGAAUAUGAUAAUGCUUUGUCUUAUUUAAAUGAACAAUAAAACAUAAAUAUUCUCAAUGAAAUAUUUUCAGUGUUUAGAUGUUUCAAUAUAUUUUUUCCUUCAUUUAUUUUGACAUUUGACCAGAAAAUCUACGGGUAUAAAUUAAUGGAGUAUUAUUUGAAAAAUAUUUGAAGAAUAAGUAUCUCUACGUCUUACAAUAAAUAAAUUUCGAAUCUGCAAUAUAAAAAGUUUAUUUGUGUAACACACCAUUUAUUUUAACCGCGACGUUGUGUUUUAUGGAUUAUUUACAAAUUGUCAGUUUAGCAAAAGAAUGUAUAUAUCGAAUAGUACAUGUAUAUGAUUUACUAAAAAGUAUUGUUAUAUUUUCAUGUUUAAUAAGAAAAUUUGAUUGGUUUAAAAGCAAAAAAGCAAUUGUUCAAAAGUACUAUUACCCUACCACGUGCAUAAACCACGCCCUCCAGGUAACAGUACAUAAUAAAAUGCAUGACGACGGGUAACGGUAUGAAAAUUGUUAAAUGCGCAGAAUGUUUACGCGAACAGUUAGACAGAUGCAUUCUAUAUUAAUGCAUUCUUUAAAAAAAAUUUACAUAUAAGUGUUUUUAAAGUGUUGAUGACAUCGGCUCCGCCUCGAUCAACAGUGGUUUCGAAAGGUAACAAUUUUACAUGUUACCAAAAAACAAAAAACAAAAAAGAAAACAUGUAAUAUUUUUAUUUACUAGUAUUCCGAAUGCCAUGUGAUUACUUUAUUCACGAAAAUAUCUAUGCCUACUGUCAUCUGUAAUUAUUUAUACUUGAUACUAAUAGUAAUGAAAUGCUAAUAAACCUAUCUUCAUGUAAA